GGCCUUUCUCCUACAGGUACCAUGAUGUGGGGUGCAGGCAGCCCCCUGGCCUGGCUCUCUGCUGGCUCAGGAAACGUGAAUGUGAGCAGCGUGGGCUCAGCAGAGGGGCCCACAGGCCCAGGCGCACCGCUACCCUCACCCAAGGCCUGGGAUGUGGUGCUGUGCAUCUCAGGCACCCUGGUGUCCUGUGAGAACGCGCUGGUGGUAGCCAUCAUUGUGGGCACUCCCACCUUCCGCGCCCCCAUGUUCCUGCUGGUGGGCAGCCUGGCCGUGGCCGACCUGCUGGCAGGCCUGGGCCUGGUCCUGCACUUUGCUGCUGUGUUCUGCGUUGGAUCGGCGGAGAUGAGCCUGGUGCUGGUUGGCGUGCUGGCGAUGGCCUUUACCGCCAGUGUCGGCGGCCUACUCGCCAUCACCGUCGAUCGCUACCUUUCUCUGUACAAUGCCCUCACCUACUAUUCAGAGACAACGGUGACUCGGACUUAUGUGAUGCUGGCCCUAGUGUGGGGGGGCGCCCUGGGUCUGGGGCUGCUGCCUGUGCUGGCGUGGAACUGUCUGGAUGCCCGGGCCACCUGUGGCGUGGUAUAUCCACUCUCCAAGAACCAUCUGGUGGUCCUGGCCAUUGCCUUCUUCAUGGUGUUUGGCAUCAUGUUGCAGCUCUAUGCCCAGAUCUGCCGCAUCGUCUGCCGCCAUGCCCAGCAGAUUGCCCUCCAGCGGCAUCUGCUGCCCGCCUCCCACUACGUGGCCACCCGAAAAGGCAUCGCCACACUGGCCGUGGUGCUUGGCGCCUUUGCUGCCUGUUGGCUGCCCUUCACUGUCUACUGCCUGCUGGGCGAUGCCCAUUCCCCACCCCUCUACACCUAUCUCACCCUGCUCCCUGCGACCUAUAACUCCAUGAUCAACCCCAUCAUCUACGCCUUCCGCAACCAGGACGUGCAGAAGGUGCUGUGGGCCAUCUGCUGCUGUUGUUCCUCUUCCAAGAUCCCCUUCCGAUCCCGUUCCCCCAGUGAUGUCUAGCCACAUCUUGGUGACCCUUCAGCCCUGAUCACUACAGAAUUCCAGAAUGUUAGGUCCUCCAGGGCUUUGUUCCACCCCACCCCCCACCCCACCCCCUCCCAGCUCCACACCCCGAAGACCCAGCUGGUUCUGGAGUUCUAGGACAUUGGG